AUGUCGUCCUUCAACAGCCCCGUCCCCUUUCCCCGCAGUUCGUCAAACUAUGCUCACCAGUCCGUAGAGGUCCCGGGCACCCGCAAACCCGGCCAGACAGGCCACUAUCGCGCAACCGCGUACCCGUUCCUGUCCGUGCGUUCGCCCGGCGCCUUUUCCGUCCUCACAGAGAUGUUCGACGAGGGGUUCAAAAGUGGUGGCAACGGUCCCUGUUUCGGCUACCGGCCCCAGGUCUCCCAAACCCCCCUCAAGUUUGCGGACCAUUACGAGUGGUACUCCUGGCCCGAGGUCGAUGUGCGCAGACGCGCCAUCGGCAGCGCCCUCUACACACUCUUCCAGAAGGGUGUCCUCGGCGGCGGACAGUUGGAGACCGUGGGCAUCUGGAGCAAGAACAAUCCUGAGUGGCAGAUCAUCGACCUGGCUUUGCACGCGUACGCAAAGGUCGGCGUGGGCCUGUAUGACACUCUUGGAAAGGACUCCGUAGAAUACAUUUUGAAUCACGCAGAGAUCUCCGUCGUAUUCGCUACAGUGGACCAUAUCCCAUUCCUCUUGGGCCUUGCACCAAAAAUACCCACCUUCAAGAUGAUCGUCUGCAUGACCGUCCUCUCUGACGACAGCAAACUGGCAUUUUCUGCGUGGGGCAAGGAGAAGAACGUCCAGGUCAUUGACAUACAAGAAUUGGAAGAGAUGGGCGCCGCCGAGCCAGUUCCCGUCGUAAAGCCAACGUCAGAUCAGCUGGCCACAAUCUGCUAUACAUCGGGAACAACCGGAAACCCAAAAGGCGCCCUUCUCACUCAUGGCAACCUGGCGAAUGCGGCCCAUGCACAAUUGCAUGGGUACGAAGUCACCGGUGAGAGAUCCGCCCUCUCGUAUCUUCCUCUGGCACAUAUAUACGAGCGCGUGAUGGCGCUCUGCAUCAUGUCUGUCGGAGGCCGCAUCGGCUUCUCCACGGGCGAUCCGCUCCGGCUCCUGGAAGAUCUCCAAGUCAUGAAGCCCACCUUCAUCGCCGCCGUCCCGCGCGUGCUGAAUCGCGUGUACCAAGCGGCAAUGGCGGCAUCCUCAGCGCCUGGGCUGAAGGGGAAGCUCUUCAAUUAUGCUAUGGAAGUGAAAUUGCAGCAGCUGCGCACGACCGGUGUGCGUACACACGCACUGUGGGACCGUAUUGUGUUCAAAAAGGUUGGUAUCGCCGGGCUGAGUGAUCGGAUCCUUUUGCUAACAGAGCUUGCAGGUGGCAGCUGCCUUUGGUGGCAAGCUGCAGCUGAUGGCAUGUGGUUCCGCGCCGAUCAGCGCGUCUGUAAUGGACUUCCUGCGGAUAUCGCUGCUGUGCGACAUUCUCGAAGGGUCAGUAUUUGUCACCAUAUUAGCCAUGGGAGGCCACUGACCGUGUUGGGCAUGCUCAGGUAUGGAAUGACGGAGAAUGGUGGCACUUGCACGCACGUUUGGCCAGAUGACCCCACGUCAAGUGGGACGGUUGGGCCCCCAGUUCCUUGCUCGGAGAUCAAGUUGCUCGAUGUACCGGCCAUGAACUACUCUGCAGAGGACAAGCCGCGUCCGCGAGGUGAGAUUCUCGUCCGCGGCGACAACUGCUUCAUCGGCUAUUACAAGGACGAGGCGAAUACAAAAGCAGCGCUAGACGAGGAUGGUUGGGUACACACGGGCGAUGUCGGCGAGAUGGACGAGUGUGGUCGGCUCCGGAUCAUCGACCGUGUCAAGAACAUCAUGAAGCUCGCACAGGGCGAGUACGUCGCGCUGGAGAACAUCGAGAACGUCUACAGCGCGUGCCCGCUCGUCGCGCAGCUGUUCGUGCACGGCGAUUCGCUGCAGUCGUAUCUGCUGGCCGUGGUCGUACCCGACCCGGUCCAGUUUGCCGACCUCGUGUCGAAGCUGUACGGCAAGCCCAUCACGCCCACCGACGUCACGGCCCUGGAGGCAGCCGUCUAUGACCCCAAAGUUAACGCGGCGGUUCUCGCUGAGUUGACGAAACAGGCGCAGGCGGAAAAGUUGAAGGGCUUCGAGAUGAUCAAGCGCAUACACAUUACCAUGGAGCUCUUCACCGUGGACAACGGCUGCCUCACGCCCACGCUCAAGAUCCGUCGCAAGGAGACAUAUGCCAAGUUCAAGAACGAGCUAGACGCACUGUACGAGCUCCCAGCUCCGGCGUCGUCGAAGCUCUGA